AUGCCUAGGAAUCCUGAGCAGAAAUCUGUUGACGAUUUUGCAUCCACUAUAGAUUCCGUCGAGAAGGUAAACGCCGUGAAAACCAAAUACGAUAUGUCCCUAGAUCUAGAAGCCCGAGCCCCUCUAGGAAACGAGAGAGCCAAUACUCCUCCUCAAGGAAAAAUCACCAUGUAUGAUAGAUUCGUGUUCCUAGGGUUGAGAUUCCCCCUUUUUCCUUUGUUCGAGGAGAUUGUUGAUUAUUACAAAAUUCCCUUAGCACGCUUUACCCCAAACUUGGUUACCUAUGUUCUUGGAUACGUGAAAAUCUGUCAAGGAGUAAAAGUGAAACCGUGCCUGUUUUUGUGGAGAUACUUCCUUAGAGUGUCCAUUGCCUCAACAAAUUUCCAAUAUUGGUAUAUAGUGAAAAGAAACUUGACCACUGGUGCCAAAAAGAUAGUGGAGGCGUAUGGUGGUUCCCCCAUAUGGAAGCCGAACUUUAUGUAUAUAAAGGCACCCGAAAAAUACUUUAUUGCCUGGAAUUAUCGAGAGACCAAUGGAUAUGAGGCAAUGAAAGAAUAUUGGACGGAUGAGGACAAAGAGAAGAUCAAGGAAUUUGAUAAAGACUUGAAGAAGUUCGAGAAGUAUUCCAAGAUAGUCAUGUCUUUGAGCAAUGGUGGCUCUCGACUAUAUGGUGACAGAGAUCCCUUUCCUAUUGUCAAUUCAGAUGAAGACGUCUUGACCACUGUUGUUGCUGGUCAGAAGAAGAAGAAGAAGAGAAUUGUGAAGGCCUCGGAUAAGGAGAAGAGCAAGAGGGCCAAAACUGAUGCGCCGGCCAAGGAAACCGCUACGCAAGGUGAAAAAAUAGUUCCUCCUGCUUCGAAGGAAGGCCACAUUCCCCCAUUGGAAUCUGGGCCAAGCAGUGUGCCCCCUAGUGGAGAUAAGGGCAAAGGAACUCUUGAGGGAGAGAUAGCCGUUCUGCCUCCGCACUUGUUCGAGGGAGGUCCGACCGUGGCAGUUUACACUUUUGGCGACCCGCCAACUAUAGAAUGCCCCCUGCUUGAUGAAUUUUCCGUGCAGCUAAACGAGACAAACAACAUUAGGCUGACGAGUGCGGCCUCGAUGGCCCAUCUGAUGCACUUAAGGAAGUUGAGGGAGGAGUUGGUCCAAGCUCAAGCUGAAAGGGACCAAGCAUUGCUCGAGAAGGUUGCGCUUGAAGAAAAGAUGCAACAGAUUCAAGCUAAAGAAACCGAGCUGGCUUCUGUACAGGCUAAGUACAACGAGAUGUUAGCCACAAACAGGAUGGCAACCGUGAUCGAGGAGGUAAACAUGCUCUCGACCAGAUACGGAGCUCACAAGGUGGCUGUGGCAGGCCUCACGAGAAGUAGCAACGACACACCCAUUAGGGCCAAGUGGUUCAAACAGUUCCUGAUGGAAAAUCCCAAGAAGGCCAUGCACGAGGCGUUGGUUAAUGUCCUGACCAAGCUCAGCGUUGAGCAACUACCUCUGUGGGAGUCUUUAUGUGUUGCCCUUACAAAAAUGGGAAAUUUUGAGGAAAUUGCUAUGUUUCCUGGUGACAUUGCAACAGCAUUAGCGAGAGGCCCUAGCGAGGAAGAGCCCAUCCCUGACGUGCAAGAUUCCCACAUGGGUAUUGAGAUGGAGGAUGAUGAAGAAGCCUAG